AGGUAGGGAGCAUGUAGUGUUCAGUCGGUGAUUGGGAUGUACUGAGACCAUUGGGACAUUACAGAACUGUACAGCUGUAUCCUUCCUAGAGAAAUUAAAGAACUGCAAUGUCAAAUCACUGUCGUGACAAUCAUUAGGCUGACGUGGGACAUAUAUAAUGGGGAAGAUGGAAUGCGCUGACUUAUAUCAUUGUUGACAUUUGAAGACUGGCCUUGUAUAGAAAACUUAUGGAGGAGUCGAUUGCUUCAGAACUGGACACAUCUCAAAAAGUCCUCUCGGAUUUCAGGAAGGGUUAUACAACUGUACAAAUGCCUGGUAAAUGUUCAUAUCUGGAAUCAGUCCUGGAUGUCAAUAAUUCAAAUUCAUCAACAAUAAUUGUUUCGGUGGAAUCACCACAAAGUGUAAUGAAAUCACCAUGUAUUAACUUAAAUACAAGUGCACUAUCUCAAAAUAUGUCGUCAUCACCGAAAGACAAUAUUCAUAAUAUGGGCGCGCCAUUACCAUCAUUGUCACCAGUAAAGGAAUUGAAGGAAAAUACAACCGAACCCCUAGAAAGUGAUCCCGUUUUUUCUGUACAAUCACCGAGGCCUUAUCCACGAAGGGAGGAAAAUCAGGUUCUCUCCUGUUUUGGAGCCGAUAAAAAAGCGGCUGAUAUUAGUUACAGAACUGAACAGAAUAUUUGUGUUGCAGAAGACAAUGCUGGUGACAUAUUCGGACAAGGUCCGGUCAUUGUACUGGAGUCGACUGGAAGGUGCUUCAGUUGUGGUAGACAAUGUACCAAUAGGGAGGAACGUUUUAACGCUGACGAAACGUCAACGGGGUCAAGUAUGAAAUGUUGUAAUACGUCUACAAACAAAUACUCGGACGGAAUUUCAGAAGGAUCGUUCGGCGAUCAAUCAAAUGAAGAUAUUGCUAAUGACUGCAAUAACAUGCCUUCACAUAACGAACUGGUGGUCAAGCAAGUUUUGAUUAAGGACGAGCAAACACGGGAACACUGUUUAAAUUCCUCAUCGUGUGACAUACAAGGUACGAAAAAAGACUGUAUUAAUCAGUCAACUAAUUUUUUCGCCAAGACGAAUGGAAAUACUGGUGAUGAUGACGACAGGUUUAGGAGCGGGGAAACGGAGGAACAAAUAAAUGAAAACCGGGAAUCACAAGGCCAUGACGAAAAGAAUUAUAAUUGCCAAAAUCGCAAGGUUAAUAUAGAUGUUCAUCUUUUCGAUGAAUCACAAACUGAAUCUUUGUUGUCAAAGACGUCACCCGACUCAGCUUUAAACUCGGAUUCCCGUUAUGCCGAGGCACUGGCACGGCGGGAGGAAAUGGUAAAGGAUCUCGGCGUGGAUGGGUCAGGGCUCCGGGUCAUGUGCUGUAUGUUAGCAAUUAUACUGGUGUUUGCUAUCGUCAUUAUUAUCAUUGCUGUUGUAGGAUUAUAAGGCGAUGGUUUGACUCGAAAAUUUCCCGGAAACAGAUGAUAAAAAGGAUGUUUUAAUUAACUAAUUAACGCAUUGAUAGAAAGGAAUAAAAACAAAUCAUGAUUAGAAGGUGUUAUUGUCAUACUUGACCAUCAUUCGAUUGAAACAAAUAUCAAGCAAUGGUCAUGAGCUGUUAGUUUAAUGAAACAUGCAAUGCAAACAAAAAUGUUUGAUUCGAAUACACAUUGGAAAUGAAAUGUUUGACUGAAAUGUUCAUUGGAAACAUAAGUUUACCAAGAUUAAUGAGGAGAUUGUUUGCUGAAAUUUCCAAUCGAAACAAAAAGUGAGCCUGGAAUAUCAAAUUGGAACACGAAUUUUUGCUAGAAUAUCCACGGAAACAUGUAGAUUGAGUGAAAAAGGGAAAGAAAACAAAAAUGUUUGGUUGGAAUAUUCAGUGAAACACAUUUAGAAAGUUUGACUUGAACAUUUAAUAUGAAUAGAAUGUUUGGGUGAAAUAUUCAGUGGCAUCAAAACUUUUGACUGGAAUAUUAAUGGAAACCAAUGAUUUCACUGGAAUAUAGUUAAUGAAAACAAAACGUCUGUCUGAAAUAUUCAUUGAAACAAGUUUGACUGGCAUAUCGCCUAUUCUAUUGCGAUAUUUGUUUUUGAAUUUUGCGAAUCAAUUUAAAUCGGAAAAACUGAAAAUUUUCCACUGUCUUUUGUACAAAUUAUUUCCGUUUUGCUUGCCCACUUCGGCAACAACGAAGUAAUGCUAUAUGACUUUUUUUCUGAAAUGACAAAUUCUGAAAUAACGUUUUUACUGAGACAACGAAGCGUUUCUCUGGUCCAUACUUAUAUUUCCAACCUGUAACAACUCCGCCCCGAAAGAUCACGACCCGGGGUUCAUUACCCGUGAUUGGGUGAUAUCACGAGCCGUCGGUGCUUUCGAAACGCUCGCUUGUGAAUUUUACCGCUGUUUAGCUACGUCUCCCUGCCCUGAAUUUAGUUCUCUUUAUUACGAAAUAUGGCUUCGACAAACAAGCGGACGACAUUGUCAUUGGAGAAACAACAAAUGAAAGUUUUGAAGGGAUCGGACACUUAAUAUAACCAAAAAUUGUUUCGAGGAGGAGGCCCUAAACGAACGCACAUCAUUUAUGUCAAGGCCAUUCCCAUAUAGAUCUGAGCUUCAAUAUGUCGUGUAGUCCCUUGAAAUAUGUCAUAGACAAAGUGGAAAAUAUUAAGCCUUGUACCCAGCAACAUUGAAACCGUGAGUUGAUAUGAAAUUAUUGUUGUUUUCUUCAAAAUAAAUGCCCUGGGUACAUUUAUUAUGAUUUUAUGAUUUACUUUACAAAUAAACCUGAUAUACGAUAUUCAAUUGGAGCAAAAUCACUGAAUGAAAUAUUCCACAUAAGCAAAAAAAAACAAACUCGUUUAUUCAUUGCAAAUACAAAUAUCUA